AACAAAAUCCGUUUCUCUUCCAACAAAAUACACUAUUUCUGGUGACUGCAACACAACACUGAAUGGCUAUUACUCUCAGAAAAUGGUUAUUGGAUUUUACGACACCUGGAGGUUGACCAUGUACUUCUCAUCUGACCGGAUGGAGAGCAAUCUCUUGACAGCGGGGAAAGUUUCAAAGUACCACAUCUCUCAAAUUGAGCUGGAUUAUGACUACAACAACAAUAUUUUUGAUGAUGCUGUUGAAAGUCUUUUCGGUAAAAAUGCCUCGGUCCUUGCUGCUAACCUCACUCAGCUGACAACUGAUGCUAGCAAUAGCUACCUGUGUAACAAAGAUACUACUUUUGACCUUCAAAAGGGGUUUUCUAUGAUAACCAAGGAUCUUCAAUAUCAGGCAUUCAAAGGAAACACUACAGAUUUUGAUGAUGCUACUGAGUGUGAUGGGGAUACGAAGACAGCCGCUAUCGUACCUAUAGCAGUGGGGGCGGCACUGGCCGGACUUAUUUUCCUCGUACUGGUAGCUUAUGUGUUUGGACGCCGACGAAGUCGGUCGGAAUAUGAAGAGAUAAAUUAAUGAGAAGGAAGAUAAAUGUGUAAAUAUACCCAGACUGAUAACAAGAGAUAUUGAUUUUAGAUUUGAUAAAAUAAAGGAAGUACUUCUGUACUUUAUAUUUUUUCCGUUUGAAUAUUUAUUUUGAAUGAUGUUUAUUAUGAAUUUUUAUUGAUUUCUUUAUAAUGUGAGUAUUGUUAAUUCCAUAGUCGUGAAAUUGAUUAUUGUGUUCUUUAAAGUUUUCAGACCGAAUCAAAUUCAUCUCAUUCUUGUUUUUCAUUUGAACAUUCUUCAGUGAAAUAUAUAUGUAGGCCAAUGUGAUAUUUAAAUUUUAACAAUUUUCAAAGAUAAAACGUUAAAUCUGUUUGCUUUAUACGAGAGCUGUCCAUAAAGUUCGAGGACGAUAGCUUUUGUCAUUUCUAAUGGUCUUAUAUAUGCAUAUUUUAUACCAUAAUGUUUGUAAUAAAAAUCCAAGUCAAACUGUUUUUGUUUG